CAUACUCUCUCACAACUUUUCUAAGAAUAUUGUACUUUCCCCUAUUGUACUUUCCAACGGGUCACCUGUACAGCAAGAGCAAGAGAGCGCCCGCGAGCACGAAGAAGAAGAAAACAAUGGACACGAAUUUCUUUAACAUCCUCGAGAAGGCGCGGAGCCAGGUCAACGACUGUACCGCCGGCAUUCUGGCCUACAUCGACGAUGAUGAGCAGAGGGCCAAGUAUCUCAAGGAUAUGGAGGAUGUGCUGACUGGCCUGGUGAGCUGCGAACACAAGGUGGCCGUGACGCGCCAGGCCGUGAAGGAAGCCACGAACCGGGCGCUGGAUGAGAGCACAGAACAGAUUGGUGUCAGCCUCUUUGAUGAUUUGGUUGAGGAGAGCAUCAGUGAGCUGGAGCAAGACUCGCCCUUGGAGCAAGCAGUGGCCGAGGCAACCAGUCUUCAGUUGUUCAGAAAGCAGGUGGAGGAAUUCAAUGCAAAGGAGGAUGAAGACAGUGGUGAGGAGGAGCUGGUGGCAGUGCAGGUCGGCCCAUCCUUUAUUGACCCCAUCAGCAAGAAGAAGAUGACGGACCCGGUCAGGAACAAGAAGUGCCAACACGUGUAUGACCGCGCCUCCGUCACCAGCAUGAUAUCCAAGACGCUGCUGGUUUAG